AUGCAUCAGAUCUCUUACAGGCAAGCUCAAGAUAUUGUUCAUGCUUGUCCAAAUUGUCAGAGGUUUUCUAAAUCUAAUUCCCCUGGAGGAGUUAGUCCUCGAGGAAUAGAAGCUUCUAAGCAAAAGCUCAAUUUAACAUCUAACAAUCCAUUGGAUAAGGAAAGAAGUAAUGACUCUGAUGAAGAUCCUUUAACCCCUGAAAAUCAGAAAAAGUUAGACGAAGAGGCAACUAAAUAUCAUCUGGAAAAAUUGCCUCCUAGUAAAUGUUUUCUUCAUCAUUCUUUUUCAAAAAAGAAAGAAUCCCCAGAACUUCGGGAGAUUGGCUUUCAAAGAGCAAUAAAACAGGCUCAAAAAGAAGAUCCCUUUUUCCCUCAGCAACACUAUUUCUUGUUAAGGCGACCCCCUUAUGUUUUACUUCCUGUGAAUGUUUCACAAUCCUGGUAUGCUGAUCCAGGAUUUGCCGCUUUGCAAAAGUUAGAAUAUGCUUUGUCUCGUCCUAAACGUUUUAUUGCAGCUUUAAUUUUAGGAAUUUCUGCUUUAAUCGCUAUCAUAGGGUCUGUCGCCGCUUCUACUGCUGCUUUGCAACACUAUUUCUUGUUAAGGCGACCCCCUUAUGUUUUACUUCCUGUGAAUGUUUCACAAUCCUGGUAUGCUGAUCCAGGAUUUGCCGCUUUGCAAAAGUUAGAAUAUGCUUUGUCUCGUCCUAAACGUUUUAUUGCAGCUUUAAUUUUAGGAAUUUCUGCUUUAAUCGCUAUCAUAGGGUCUGUCGCCGCUUCUACUGCUGCUUUGGUACAACAAGUUCAUACAGCUGAACAUAUUAAUAAUUUCUCUUUAAAUGUUUCCACAGCUCUCUUUCAACAAGAAAAGAUAGUGAAAACGGGAAAGAAAAAGACUCAUAUUAACAUCAUCAUAAUUGGACAUGUAGAUUCAGGCAAGUCCACCACUACUAGCCAUCUGAUUUACAAAUGUGGUAGGAUCGACAAAAGAACCAUCAAAAAGUUUGAGAAGGAGGCUGCUGAGAUGGGAAAGGGCUCCUUCAAGUAUGCCUGGGUCUUGGAUAAACUGAAAACUGAGCAUGAGUGUGGUAUCACCAUUGAUAUCUCUGUGUGGAAAUUUGAGAACAGCAUUUACAUGACUAUCAUUGAUACCCCAGGACACAGAGACUUUAUCAAAAACAUGAAUACAGGCCCAUCUCAGGCUGACUGUGCUGUCCUGAUUGUUGCUGCUGGUGUUGGUGAGUUUGAAGCUGGUAUCUCCAAGAAUGGGCAGACCUAUGAGCAUGCUCUUCUGGCUUACACACUGGGUGUGAAACAACUGAUUGUUGGUGUUAACAAAAUGGAUUCUACUGAGCCACCCUACAGCCAAAAGAGAUACAAAGAAAUUGUUAAAGAAGUCAGUACACACAUUAAGAAAAUUGGCUACAACCCUGACACAGUAGCACUUGUGUCAAUUUCCAGUUGGAAUGGUGACAACAUGCUGGAGCUAAGUGCUAAUAUGCCUUGGUUCAAAGAAUGGAAAGUCACCCAUAAAGAUGGCAAUUCCAGUGGAACCACACUGCUUGAAGCUCCAGAUUGCAUCUUGCCAGCAACUCGUCCAACUGACAAGCCUUCGCAUCUGCCCCUCCAGGAUGUCUACAAAAUUGGUGGUAUUGGUAUUGUCCUCAUGGGCCAAGUACAGACUGGUUUUCUCAAAUCUGGCAUAGUGGUCACCUUUGCUCGCAAUGUUGUGACUGAAUUAAAGUCUGCUGAAAUGCACCAUGAAGCUUUGAAUGAAGCUCUUCCUGGAGACAAUGUGGGCUUCAAUGUUAAGAACGUGUCUGUCAAAAAUGUUCAUUGUGGCAAUGUUGCUGGUGACAGCAAAAAUGACCCACCAAAGGAAGCAGCUAGCUUCACUGCUCAGGUGAUUAUCCUGAAUCAUCCUGGCCAAAUCAGUGCUGAUUAUGCCCAUUUCCUGGAUUGUCACACAGCUCACAUUGCUUGCAAGUUUGCUGAGUUAAAGGAAAAGAUCGAUUGACAUUCUGGUAAGAAGCUGGAAGAUGGCCGAAAAUUCUUGAAAUCGGGUGAUGCUCCCAUCAUUGAUAUGGUUCCUGGCAAACCCAUGUGUGUUGAGAGCUUCUCUGACUAUCCUCCUCUGGGUCAUUUUGCUGUUCACGAUAUGAGACAGACAGUUGCUGUUGGUGUCAUCAAAGCAGUGGACAAGAAGGCUGCUGGAGCCGGCAAGGUCACCAAGUCUGCCCAGAAAGCUCAGAAGGCUAAAUGAAUAUCAUCCCUAAUACCUGCCACCCCAGUCUUA